GUAACAUUAAUUUGAUGCAUUCUUCAACAAGCCACUCCCAGGCUAUGAUAAUUCGAAGUUAGGUAAUGGAAGUUAAGAGAAGGAAAGGUAAGGGAGAAUGGGAAGCAAGCAGUCACAGAAAAGAGGAGCAAAGAAAAAGCAAGAGCAUAUCCUUAGGAAGGCCUAGGUGCAAGCUCUGUUUAUUGGUUACACUAGUGAGUGUACUGCUGUCUCUAGUGCUCAUUGCCAUCCUACCCACUCCAAUAGACCCAGUUAUUAUAGAUUUAGGAGGAAUAAAGAGCAAAUCAUUUGGAGGAAAUGCAUACCUGAGAGAAGCCAUUAGACUCUUUGAUGGAGAAAUAAAAGGACCAGAAGGAUUUGCAAUAGAUGGAGAUGGUAACAUGUAUACUGGACUUCAUGAUGGCCGUAUUGUUCUAUUCAAUGAUACUCAUAUGACCACAGUCAUGAGAAUGGGACCACCGCCUUAUGACAACUGUGGCAAGUUAACUUCAGAGUCUCACUGUGGCAGAGUACUGGGUCUUGAAAUAAGCCAAUCAGAUCCAUAUCUCCUCUAUAUAUGCGAUUGUUAUCAUGGCAUACAAACACUCCAUCUUAAAACUGGCCAUAGAGAAGUACUAGUCAACACCACUGCUACCUAUCCUGGUGUACCUCCAAUAAAGUUCUCUAACGAUAUGGUAGUCCUGAAAAAUGGAAGUGUCUUCUUUACUGAUUCAAGUUAUAAGUUUGCUCGUAAUGAGCUCUUGAUGGAAAUGUAUGAAGGACGACCCAAUGGUAAACUGCUGCAUUAUAAUCCGACUGAUGGCACUGUUAGUGUUGCCAUUGGGGAGCUGCACUUUGCUAAUGGAGUCUGUGCAAGCAAGGACGAGAGCUUCUUGAUUAUAUCAGAAACUUCAAGAUCAAGAAUAUUAAAGUAUCAUCUUAAAGGUCCAAAAACAGGGCAGACAGAAAUAUUUAUGAAUGAGCUACCUGGAGUUCCUGACAAUAUAUCACCUAGCUCUAAACCCGGUGGUGGGUUCUGGAUUGGGUUUGCACUCCUCAGAAAUGAAGCUCUAGAAGUACUAGGUCACUUUCCGGCAAUAAGGAAUGUGUUUGUUAAGUUAAGACUGACUAGACUAAUAGCAGAGUCCCUGCCGAGGAACGGACUGAUUAUGGAGUGUGAUGAAUCUGGUACUGUCAUAAGAGAACUUUAUGAUAUGGGCGGAGUCAAGAUACCCUCAGUUAGUGAAGUACUUGAUUUGAAUGGAGUCUUGUAUUUAGGAUCCUACGAUGGGACUUAUAUCGGAAAAUUAGACUUUAGUAAUAAAUAAAUAAGGUGAUAGAUAGAUGAAUUUUUAAAAUUAUUGAUAUGAACCACAUGGACAAUAGUUAAUUUAAACAUGUUACUCAACCAAAGU